UGAGAUACAAAGUCAGAAUAGUAUUUUAUUAUUUUUUUACAACAUGGCGGAAACGGGCUUCCAUACAGGUGGGUGGUGUCUCCGUGAAAAGAUCGCAGUAAACCAUAGAUAUAUGGGAAGCCAAUUCUGCCAUAUUCAUAAAUAAAUAAAUACAUAAAUAAAUAUACAAGGAAAUGUAAAAAAGCAAAAAUACAGAAAUAAUCAGGGUAUCUUCCGUCCAUUCCAUAUCCGUUUUCAAAUAAAAAAACGGAAAACGAAAAAACAAAUCGUUUUUCAAUAUAUCAUUGUAUUGCCUUUGUUUAAUAUUUACUUAAAGUUAUAUUUUUCUAUUCUGCCAGACAUACAAUCUACUCUAAAUAACAGAUUUUAGAAUAUCAGCCUAAAAAUGGAAUAUAACAUUUUGAUUUCUUAACUAAGCUUUAUGACCCGGAAGUUCACGCGCACUGUACGCCUUUCUAAUGCUCCACACUCCAGGCCAGUUGGUGGCGGUAAUACACCAUAAGUUGGCUUGUCAACCGCCAUUAAACAGUACAAGAAGAAGUUCACACGUGGACGAACGGAAACCUGUAGAAAUCUGUAACCAAAACUUCACCUCACCAACUUCAAGCAAGUCGUCAUGGAUACAUACACGCUUUUCAAGGGUCCUAAGAGGGUAACUUUAAAAGACGAAGACAUGAAAACUGAUAAAAUUGGCCGUAUAUUUCAGGUGUGUAGUUCCAGUGUUUACAUAACUGAUGAUAGCAACGUCGCUAUCUUCGCUGGAGAGAGUGGAUUUUUUAGUAGUGUCGAUCUUGUUACAAGAGGACACUACAAAGUUCACGGAGAUUCUGCCGAGGUGCAAUCACCGGACUCAAAUAGACCCGUUGCUGGAUCUGGGUCUGUGCGCUUUGCAUUUCAACGACCCAGUGCGGCCGCUGGUUUUGCUUCGCAGGCAUUUUUGUCUGCGCCGCGGGCCAGUAUGUCAAAACCUUUUCAACGGAAUGUUUUUCUUGCUGAUCUGGUUGGUGGAAAAUGGACACCUCAGAAGACUGUGUCGAUCCGUUUUCAUGAACAUGAGGCAUCAGUUCCUGGCAUCUUGGCAAAAGUCCAAGAUGCCAUUGGGUCAGAAGAUGGUUUGAUUUUGACUGAUGGCCAGGGGAAUGAGAUUGUAGAUACAGAGGGAACAAAAGGAUCAAGUUACUGGAAACAAAACUCUAGAAAGGUGUGCGUGAACAACAGUUCUUGGAAAUGAGAUCCAAGAGGAGAAGAGUAAGCCAAAGGGAUGAUGACAGCCAGCUACCAGAGGUCUUAGAAAGAAUUGAAGAGGUGGUGUUGGCAUCCCAAGAACUGCCAGAGGUUGUACAGGCCAUCAAGGGAUUAUCGGAGCUGACUUUGGCACACAGAUGUUUUAUUAGUUUCACAGAUCAAGAACGUGCAGCUAUCAAAAAUGCAUUUGCUUGCAUAAUUUGCAAAGAUUUGUUAACGA